AUGGCGACGGCUUACUCGGAUGUGGUAUCGGAUUCCCGGCCACCUUAUAUGUCUUCCUAUGCGGUCGAAGACUCAUGGGGUCAACAAGUGACAACACCUCACCAGAAAACUUCUUCAAUCUCCCGGAAGAAGGAGUACUCCCUAUUGACGAAAUGUGUCGCCGAGUUCCUCGGUGAUCUCACUUUUGUCUAUGUCGGCACGAUGCAAGCGCACCUCUUCCCCUACGCCGACGGAAUUCUGCACGCCGCUUUCGCUCACGGACUCACAAUUUUCAUUCUCGUCACCGCUUUCGGUCAUAUCAGCGGUGGACACUUCAACCCUGCGGUAUCAUGGGCUAUCGCGGGUGCCGGCAAGAUGCCUAUCUGGCACUUGCCAUUCUAUGUGGCAUCUCAACUUUUUGGUGGAUUCUGUGGCGCGAUGUUGACGGCAUCUAUUCUGACACAAACACAGCUAUCUGAUUGUUCGGCUGGAGCCACGCUGGUCUCGCCUGGAACUCAAUGGUGGCAAGGGUUGAUUGCGGAGACCGUGGUUACGUUCUUCCUGGUGCACACUAUUUUGAUCUCGGCUGCGGAUACGGAUACUGUAACAUUGGCCCCACUGGCAAUCGGUCUCACACUUUCAAUCGAUAUUCUUUCGACCGGCUCUAUCACCGGUGCCUCCAUGAAUCCAGCCCGAUCCCUUGGCCCAAGUAUUGUUGGAACUAUAUUCGCGACACAACAAACCUCCUACUACUGGACGUAUCAUUAUAUCUAUUGGGCGGGACCACUUCUUGGAUCUACAAUUGCCCUUUGUGUUUAUAAACUUUUCGAAUCUCGAGAAGAACGUAUCGUGCCAUGA